UUGAUUGCGAGCGCAGUUUAUGUUUGGUAGUACCAUAAAAAGCUGUUUCAAACAUUUGAUAAAUCCAGUUAUUUCACAGUAAGGUAGGUUUUAUUUGCGUGAUCUAACUGUCACGGUCAGUGCGCACAGUACGUUGAUGGGAAAGUUCCGGUUGUCGAGCGUGUUUGUUGUGGCUGUUUUGUUUUGCUUUGUGCUGAGGUGUUACUGACCUUCAGUUCUUCAAACCUCCACAUCCAGUUUUUGUAAAAUAGUAUGAGAAGAAGCCGUUUCAACGUUGUCGUGGACGUCCAGUUUUUGUGAAAUAGUUUGGGGAGGAGACAUUUGUGUCGUUCUGUUGCUGUCCGAAAACUGAGGAGAGGAUGUCCAUGGACCUGCACCUCGGUGGCAUUUUUCUCCAUAAUGACAGCUAUGACUAUGGCGACUAUGUGUAUAAUGAGGAGUGCAGCCCGGCGGGACGUGAGGCGGUGCUGAUCCCGCUGCUCUAUGCGGUGGUGCUGCUUGUAGGUCUGACUGGGAACGUACUUCUCCUCGUCGUUCUGGUACUGAAGAGGAGAUGUUGGAGUGUGAUGGACAUUUUUGUCAUCCACCUGAGUGCUGCAGACAUCCUGCUGCUGGUGACGCUGCCGUUUUGGGCCACACAGGCCGCUCGAGAUUGCGGGUGGUGUUCUGGCACGUUUCUCUGCAAGAUGAGCGGAGGUAUUUUUUAUCUCAACUUCUACUGUGGCAUCUUUCUGCUGGUGUGUAUCUCUGUGGACCGCUACAUGUCCGUCGUCCACUCUGCCCAGAUUUGCAGAAAAAACCCCAGAUUUGCUCACGUCUCCUGCCUGAUAGUCUGGGUCUUCUGCCUGCUCCUCACCAUCCCCAACUGGAUUUUCUUGGCGGUUGUGAAAGAUGAAGAACAGGGGAAAACAGUAUGUGCUCACAACUACUUCCUGUUUUCCUCUCAGUCCCACGGGCUUCUGGCAUCACGCCUGCUUUUCCACGUGAUGGGCUUCCUGCUGCCGUCAGUUGUCUUGGUCUACUCAUGUGUCCGGCUCCAGCUGCUGUACAAGUCCCAGAACCCUCGCCAGCAGAGGGCCCUCAGGGUCAUCUUUACCCUGGUGCUGGUCUUUAUUUUCUGCUGGCUGCCAUACAACAUCACGCUCAUCGUGGACACCUUCAGAAGCAACUCUGCAACGUCAACCAAAGCUGACAAUGAACGCAGAACCUCCAUGAAAACAGCUCUGAGGGUUACGACUGCCCUGAGCUGUUUCCAUGCCUGCCUUCGCCCUAUGAUCUAUCUGAGCCUGUGCCGAAACUUCAGGCAGCGCACACUGACAGUGCUGAGAUGUGUGGGAGGGCCAGAAGAGGAAUCCAGCAGCUCCUUGUGGGAGUUGGGUGUGGAGGAGAAAAGCGUUCCAGACCAAGGUCACGAGAAGAUUUCACUGAAUCAGACAUCGGAGGCUCCGCUUCAAGUGCGCUCGGACCUGUGCUGAUGAAUGGACAAGUGUUCAUCAGUGACACGGAGGUGACCUGAGUGACUUUAAACCACUAACGGGAAGUGGUGGGAGGUGUUGUCAUGAGAUUAAAAAAAAACUGUUGUGUGUCAUGAUGACAAACGGGUAUUUUGUCAGAAGGCCUCUUAUAUUGAAGCUUUUUAUGCAUAUCAUGUGGACUUUUAUAUUUUUAUGUUACGCUCCUCAUCUAUAACGUCAGUAUUGCACAGUUUGUUUAUGACUAGUACUGUAGAUGUUUGUGUCUGGUUAUAAUUUUUACAGAAAAAUGUUUUUUAAAUAGGAAAUAAGUAUUUUUUUAUUGCUAUGAACUGAGUGACAGCAUCAUGAAAAUAUGUUCUGUCUUAGGCUGGAUUUGCAUUAUUUUAUUAGUUCGGUGUUAUUGUAAUCUUAUGAUAGAGAGUUCAUGAUUACUAAAUGUAUUGACCAGAAUAAUAGACACACCUGUUACAACUCCAAAUCCAAUGAAGUUGGGAUGUUGUGUAAAAUAUAAAUUAAAAACAGAAUACAAUGAUUUGCAAAUCCUCUUCAACCUAUAUUCAAUUGAAUACACCACA